AUGAUAUUUGGAGACAGGAUAGCUCCUCAAGAGGGGAUUAACCCUGAAAACAAUGGGCAGCUCCACCACUUUCUAAGAAGUGUUUCAUUUAACAACAGUGCUGGUGGGAAAAUUUCCUUUGACCAAAAUGGGGCAUUAGUAGCUGGAUUUGAUAUAAUAAAUUGGGUUGCAUUCCCAAAUCAGUCUUUCCUCAGAGUCAAAGUUGGAAAGACAGACCCAGAUGCUCUGGAUGCAAUCACCAUUUAUGAGGACACCAUUGUAUGGCCUAACAUGUCUAACAAGCCACAUCCCAUUUCUCUGUGUAAUGAUAAUUGUCAUCCAGGUUAUAGAAAAGCCAAGAAAGAAGGGGAGCCAUUUUGCUGCUAUGAUUGCCUUCCAUGUCCAGAAGGGAAGAUCUCCAACCAGAAGGACAUGGAUGACUGUUUCCAGUGCCCAGGAGGACAAUAUCCAAACAAGAACCAGAAUUUAUGCAUUCCAAAAUAUAUAACCUUCUUGUCUUAUGAAGAAACAUUGGGCAUCAGUUUGGCUACUCUUGCUCUUUCCUUGUCUUUUAUCACAGUUUUGGUACUUUGGAUCUUCAUUAAUCACAGGGGCACUCCCAUUGUCAAAGCUAACAACUGCAACCUCACCUAUACUCUCCUCAUCUCCCUCUUGUCCUCCUUCCUUUGUGCUUUGCUAUUCAUUGGCCAACCUGAGAAGGUGACAUGCUUCAUCCGACAACCUGCUUUUGGCAUCAUUUUUACUGUGGCCACAGCAUGUGUGUUGGCCAAAACCAUCAUUGUUGUUCUAGCUUUCAAGUCCACUGAGCCAGGUUCCAAAAUGAGAAAAUGGGUAGGGAAAAACCUGGCCAACUCCAUUGUUCUUGCCUGCUCCCUUAUUCAAGCCAUUAUUUGCACUGUAUGGUUGUCAACCUCUCCCCCAUUCCCAGAUUUGGACAUGACCUUAAUGGCCGACAAAAUCAUACUGCAAUGUAAUGAAGGUUCCACUGUUAUGUUCUAUUCUGUGUUGAGUUUUAUGGGUUUCCUUGCCAUUGUCAGUUUCACAGUGGCUUUCCUAGCCAGGAAGUUGCCUGACCUUUUUAAUGAAGCAAAGUUUAUCACUUUCAGUAUGUUGGUGUUCUGUAGUGUUUGGUUGUCCUUUCUCCCAACCUACCUCAGUGCUAAGGGAAAAUACAUGGUGGCUGUGGAGAUCUUCUCAAUUCUGUCCUCCAGUGCUGGGUUACUGGUUUGUAUCUUUUCUCCCAAAACCUAUAUCAUUAUGAUGAGGCCUGAGCUGAACAAUAAAGAGCAACUAAGAAGCAGAAAAAAUAAAUAA